CAGCUCUUCCUUUUGUCGACUCAACCAAAAGUUACCACCUUCGUUUCUCUUUUCACACUUCUGUCUUUCGAACAGACUUAGGAUCGAAGCGCAAACCGACUGACGUUCCCUUCACCAUCUCAUCGCCCCGCAGGGCAUGUUCUGCUAGCGAGGCAUCGAUCAUCUAGCCUUGCCAACGCAUUCAAGCUUGACAGCAGAACAAGCCUAAUCAUUGUUACACCUGCCACGACGUCACGAUUUCCUCCCGCUCCUGUCUUUUCUCGGAUCUUCUUUGGAUUUUUGAUACCCCUAACGACUGUUACUCGAAAUUUCAUCCAUUCCAUUAUAGGAAGAAGCCGAACGAAAUCGUGGUCUUGCGUCCCUUCGAGUACAGGCGGUGUACACCUUCAUAAUGUCCGGGAACCAGUUCUCCCCACCGGGGAGCAGCAGUUACUCUUCUGACACCAUGUAUGUCGGUGACGGUACAUGGGACUCUUCAAGAAAUACCUUUCUGUUGCCGAAUCUGCAAGGAUUGAACUUAGCUACUACUCAAUACAAUGGCAUGGGCAAUCGAUUUCGCAACAUGGCCGGCUAUCGCGGUGUGAUCAUGGGACAUGGCAUUCUCGCGGCGAUUACCUUUCUAUUCGUCGUUCCGGCAGCUAUCCUCAUAGCCCGCUUCUAUCAUCGGAAUCCACGGAUGGCAUUGCGAAUUCACAUUUGGCUACAGAUAUUGACCGUAUUUCUAUCCACUGCUCUCUUUAUCCUCGGCUUCCAGGCAGUUGGGUUGAAACGAUCCUUGACAAAUCCACACCACGGCAUUGGUGUUGCUCUAUACACCCUUAUCCUUGUCCAGGCCUUUGCUGGAUGUAUCAUUCACCGCCGAGAGAAGGGCAAGGAGCGAUACAAAAUUCCACUAAAGCUUAUGCUUCAUCAAUGGGUCGGAAGAGCUAUUGCCAUCCUAGGAGUCGUUCAGGUCGCUUUAGGGCUUACCCUAUGGGGCUCGCCCAAGGUGCUCUUCAUUCUAUUCGCUAUUUGGACCUUCAUCCUCGCGGUUGCUUGUUUCGUCCUCAGCUAUAGAAACCAGCCGGAAAUGGGCUUCGACGACCGAGGCACAUACAUAACUGAUCGAACUGAAACCACGCGAAGAACUUCAAGUGGCCAUGGUCUUGGACGACUUGCAGCAGCAGGAGCAGCAGGAGCCGGGCUGGCAGCGCUUCGACGCCGCUCCAGGAGCAGAAGCAGGACCCGUCGAAGGCCAAGUGGAAGCCGGCACGAGGUUCUGAGCUCUCACCAUAGCUCUCGGAUGUCAGACUCUUAUGCAGACGAAAAGUUCACGGACGCUGGCAGAAAGGGAACUACGUGGAAAGACCGUCUUUUCGGUGCAGCAGCUGGUGUAGGUGGCAUCAUGGCUGUCAGGUCAUUAUUCAACCGCAAUAAGAAGCCCGCUAUGACCGAGUCUGGUAGCGAAGUCAGCUACAGCCGACCAGUCGGUCAAUCUGAAUUUACACAGACAGAUCUCAGUCGAUUGGAAGAGGGCCGGGCGCCAGAAUCCCCUGCCAACGAUAGGUGGCGCCGUACAGAAGAGAGGGAGGCUGCUCAGGCAGCGGCAAUGGCCGGCAGCCCACUACGAAAAGGCCAUCAACCCAGACGGAGUGGUGCAUCCAUCGACUCUUUCGAUAGUCGGACCAGCAUUAGCGAUGAGACUGUCGAACGACGUAACGAGUCUCAUGGACUUCGCAACGGACUUGCAGCACUCGGCGUGGCCGGAUUCCUUAAACAUCAAUGGAACAAGCGCAGGAACAAAAAGGAGGACGAACGCGUAGAGGAGCUAAGACAACAAGACAUGGACGAGGAGCGAAUUGCUCGUGCCAAUAGUAAUCGACGGAAGUACACAGGAGAUGGGAUCCGGCCACCAAGGAGGACGAGACCACCUUCCACGAUUAUGUCGGAGAGUGACAUCUCAGGCCUCACACCGCUACCUAACCUUGCGCCUCCACCAAGCAAUCUUCCUCCACCUCCAAGAAGCACGACCAACCUUUCAAGUGCCCCAGGCCCGUCUACUAUCCCACCACCUCCACCCAUUGGGGGUGUUUUGAGCGAUUCAGGUUCAGAGGCCUAUACCUCACCAGGAGGUGGUAAUCAUCGGCGUCAUCGCACACCAGGUGCUGGGUCUACGGCACUUGCUAGCGGGGCGGUGGCAGCCGCAACGUCCACUGGUUCGCCCGUACGAAAAGGAAGGGAUAGCAGUAGACAGCGAAGUGAUCUUGACGAUAGCGUUGCGUCGCCGCCCGUCUCUGUCAAAGUCAAAAUGCACAACGAUGGUCGUCAUGUGACCCUACGCCGACUCAACGAAGAAGAAGCUGCUGCUGCGCGAGAAGCUAGACGAAAGGUUGAGCGCAAGAAACGCAAUGGCAGUGCCAGCUCGCUCAGUGGUUUUGAUAACGACCGCUGGCGCAGAACAGAGGCACUGGAAGCGCAACAAGCAGCGCAAAUGGCUGCUCCCUCCUCGACAACGCAUAUCCCUAUGCCGGAGCCAAUGAUCCCUCCCCCGCCCCCAGGACCUCCGCCUAUGAGCGGAACCUCAACCAUAGGGCCUGGGCAGCAAUAUCCACCGCCUCCACCUAUUCCGGGUGGCAGCAUGAUAAGCAGCCCGCCGGGGACAAACGCAUACGGAACGGAGACGGAUGUCAGUGCCUAUGACUCGAAUCGCCGACGACGGAGAGCGGAGAGAGCGCAAGCCAAGCAGGCUCGUCAAGGUGGCAGUAGAGUAGAGUUUUCAUGAUGAUAAUGGUCUCAAGAAUCGCUUGUUUUGUUACUUUUCAAUGUGUUUAGUUCAGCAUUAACGAUUGAAGGAGGCAAAAGAUGCCUCGUUCACAAGGGCUCAGAAAAUUUGGGAAUCUUUGGGAUGGAAGGCGUCGGAAUUAUGUUCAUAUAAAUGGAGCGAGUGUUUACUUCUAGGAUUUUGCAUGUG